UUAAAACUGUGUCCGUCAGCCUUUCUUCACUAACAAACGCGGCACAUGUUGCUUCCAUCACGUAAACAAAAGAAGCAGCCCUGAGGUGGCAAGAUGUGAGACACUGCAGGAGCUGUUUGCUUCUCCUUUGUUUUCUUUUUGUUUUAUUUUGACUGAGUUGGUUUGCACAACUCCUGAGGCAUGGAGAAGGAUGAUGCCGCCACUCCUGAGGGAGGUGGUGCAGGAGGGAAGGAGGCAGGCAGUGAGGGAAACAUGCCACCACUUCUGUCAGCCAAGAGAACAGAUGAUGCCAAGACACUGACCACCAACCCAGCUCAGAAUGUGAUGGUCAAGGUGACGCCAAGCACCAGUCCCUCCACCAGGCCUGCCACCCUGCCAAUUCUCACCCCCACCCCAACACCCACCCUGCCCUCCCCCAACACCUCACACAUGCGCCUCGUCCAGACGCCUGAUGGGAAGAAGUUCCUCUUGACUAAUGUGGUGAAUGUUGCCAAGCCCUCCAGUAACAAGAAGGUUAUUUUUGUGUCAAAGAGUCAGGUCCUGACUGCCACCACUGCACCCACAACCCUGUCCACCUCAGCUGGCCUGGCUGUGACCCCAGUGGUGUCUGCCAACAUGCCCCAGACCAUUAUUCUGAACCCAGCAGAGCCCCGCCCCCAACAGCCUAUAGUGCUGAGGAUCCCCGGCCUCAACCAGCCAGUUGUGGUGCGGCAACAAGGCACAAAACCCAAACCAACCCCAACUCUGCCCAUCAUAGCACCACAGAAGGCUUUCGCUGCAGGUAUGAGACCCUCAGCAGCUUCCACCACCACCACCACAGCUGUGCCAGGCCCCAUCACCUCUCCAGCAGCAUUAAAAGUUGGUCCUAGGGGCCCAGUUAUGUUAGUUCAGAAUGGCACAACCAAAUUCAAGGUUGUUGGGAAGCCAGUGCCUGUGAAACUAUUCCCUAAGAUGGCAAAAAUUGCUCCAAAAGGCCUUUCUCCCUCUGCUAUCCCUUCAAUUGCAAUUCCUCCUCUUAAAAACUUAAUUAAAACCUCAGAGUUAGCCCCUCCUCUCCUCACAGUCCCUCCAGUAGGCCCUGCCAAAGCCUCUCUUCCCAGUCCUCCUGCUUAUCUCAACAUCAAGGUGAAGGAGGAGCCGAAGGAAGAGGACACCGCCAAUAUCCCCACGACUGUGAAGACUGAGCCGGAAGACCCACAAGAGGACAGUGAGGUGCCAGACCUGCCCAUCAAGAUAGACGACAUGUUGGACGUGCGCAUCAAGGAGGAGGCGACGGAUGAGCAGAGUGAACUUCUGGCGCGUGAUGAGCAACUACGCAAAGUUCUGGGUGUGACAGACACUGGGAACAGUGAACAGGAGCAACAGCUGCAGCAGUCGCAAGCACAGCCACAGCAACCAAAAUUUUACAUUCGCACGUCUGAGGGGAAGCUUGUGUCAAUAUCCUCAGAUGAAGCAAAAGCACUGGGACUCAACCACCUCGAUAAAGUGGAGGAGAACCAACGAAGGCUGAUGCAGGCAUUCAGCUCUGCCCAGACGGCCAUGGUAAACCGUUCUGUGGCGGCUGAUAUCGCUGCCAAACUCAAGACAGAAUCUGCCAACAUCCUCAUCCCUGAAAAUGUAAAUGUCAAGGAUUUUGUGAGCUGUCAUGUGUCCCCAGCAGCUGAGAAGACAGCAGCCUUCAUGAGGAACCUAGCAGGGCGACGGCUGGGCACAAAUGGGAACUCUGUGCUGGCCCCCAAGAGCAACACGGCAAUUGUUGGUGAGUUUGAGGGUGAAGAUGGACGGAGGUACCUCAAGAUUAACAUAGAGACAGAGGCGAACGGGAGGGAGCCUUGCAAUGUCCCAAUAACGCCGGUGAACACCUACCAGUGCCCCUUCUGUGCCAGAGACUUCAAGACGAAAGACCACGUUGUCUCACACAUCCGCAUCCACACGGGGGAGCGGCCUUACCCGUGUGACGUGUGCGGCAAGCGGUACCGGCAGCGCAUCGACAUCAUCCGCCACAUGCGUAUCCACACAGGAGAGAAGCCCUUCAACUGUGGCUUGUGCAAUGCGUCUUUCAACCAGAAGUCAAACCUGCGCUCCCACAUGCGAAUCCACACGGGGGAACGCCCAGUGCAGUGCAAGGUGUGCGGCAAGGGCUUCUCCCGCAACACCCACCUCAAGCAGCACAUGAAGCUCCACACAGGGGAGAAGCCCUACCAAUGCAAAGUGUGCCACCGACCCUUCCGCUUCAAGUCCGGCCUGCAGGCUCACGAACGCAUCCACACAGGGCUCAAACCGUAUGCCUGCUCCCUGUGUGGCCGCACCUUCACCCAAAUUGUUGGACUCAUCCGUCAUGAGAGAACCCAUGCUGGGGAGAAGCCCUUCAGGUGCCAGAGCUGUGGAAAGUCCUUCGAUUCACGUGAUGUACUCAAGAACCACGUCCAGAAACACACAGGGGAGCGACCCCACACAUGUGACCAGUGCCCCAAGACCUUCACUGAUCCAGGCGCCCUUCGCUGCCACCGUAAGAAGUACCACACCAACCUGCUCAUAUGUGUCAUCUGCCUGCGGGAAGACUUCAAGGACCGCAUUGAGCUGAGGGAACACCUGCGGGCACACGAGCGGCAGAACUGGGAGGAGACACCUGAGGGAGAGCUGGUGCCCCUGGUUAGGCCCACUGACAGGGGAAGCUUCAUCUCCGUGGAUGACACCCUAGAUGAGGACGAGACUCUUGUAGGGGAGCAGGAGGUGGAUGAGAAUUACCUGGUACAAAAUGAGAUGGUGGAUGAAGUGAAUCACAUGGAGGUGGAGCUUGAUCCUGAUGACCCAAUGGAAGAGGAUGAUGAGAGUGGAGGACAGAAUGACCGGGACAGUGACUGCGAUGAGCACAAACUCCGCAUAGAGGAGAGUGACCCCCUGGCCUAGCCGCUGCUAGUCUGCUGGCCUGCUGCUGCACAAAUGUCCAUGGUUAUGUUGACUCCUGCUGCCAGUGAGAUGUAAUCAAAGGAAAGUGCCUCAGGAUAUUUGUUUGUUUGUUUUUAUUAUUAUUAUUUUUUUUUUUUCCCCACUGUGUUUUUGAGUCUGUGUUUGUGUUGUGUUCUUCCCAUGAGCUGAAAACACUGUGUUGUUAAUCUUUGCAAGUGUUGCUGAUGUGUUCUUAGAUAGUUACUGUAUGAGUAUAUAAGAUUUUCUUUCUGGAAAAUUUGAAGUGCAUGAACUUUGCAAAAUCAUCCACAUUGCAAAUACUGUUAAGUUUAUGUAAAUAUUUUUUACCUUUUUCUUUUUGCUCCUGUUGAGUGAUGUAAAGGAAGUGAUGAUUCAGUAACAAGUGCCUGAGAUGUGCCUUCAUGCCAAGUGUCUUCCAAGUGCCUUAGGAUACCUUGAUUGGUGCGUACACUGGUGAAUGUGUGCAUCAUGUAAUUUAGAACACAGUAAGUGUAGGACUGCACUUGAGGACUGUUGAAAAUUAAUUUUCUUUCAAAAUAGAAUUAUUUUGCCAAACAGUAGAACUUUAGUUCUUAGGGUAUCCCAGAUACUGAGAAGAAGAAUUAUGACUACAGGUAUUGUUGCCUUACCAAAACUGGUAGUAAAUAUAAUUUGUAAUCAAGAAAAUGAUAAAACUUUACUAAUAAUUAUGCUAAAGAAAUAUACUGCAUAAUAUUUUAAAGAAUAACUUAAGUACAAUAUAUUGAAUAAUGUAGUGAGGUGAGUGGGUGUUUGCAAGUCACUCAACAUCAGGCAACGUAAGGGAGAGUGAAGUGACUUGUGUCCUUCAGUCCAACUGAUUUUUUCAUGAAUCUGAACAAUCAAAUUGUAUCUUAUUGACUGAUUUUUUUUAGAUAACAGAGCAUUGAAGUGUAGUUGUGUUUUAUGACAGCAAUGACCAACAUGUUGCUAAGAUCUGCUUGAAGUACCCCUACUGUGUGUCACCAAGUCUAUCACAGUAGUUUUACUGCCUGAGGUCAUGUGGUCAUGAUAACAUUGCCUCUGACUGAUGCUCUCAUUUGAUGAUUGGUCUGUUUAUUUCUGACUUGGUUUGAAAUGUGCAGCAAACUAAUGUAUUUCUACCUAGUCUUUCACUUAAUUGUUUGGCAUCAGAUUAAAGGGAAAUAAUCUGAUAUCUUGUAGUUGAAUGCUGGUUUUCUGGUAGAAAUAAAGUAAAUUUGCUACACAUUUUUAACCCUUUCACUGUUGUUUAGCAUAUCUUUCCUCAAUCACUAACCAGCCACACAAUUCCACAUUCCCUACAUCCACUUCCAAACUAGAAAUUGCAAAACCCUGUCUUUCUUGUAUAUUCUCACAAAGAUUUCAAAGAUUAUGAAAAUUAAAGGUUAGUGUUAGUGUAUGUACAUAAGUAAGUACAGUAUAUUGUUUUUUUGUGUUAAUUGUUGCCUAUCACAGUGAAAGGGUUAAAACAAAAUUGAAAGAACAAGAGCAUUAGUGGGUGGCAGUGUUACUGAACUCGUGUGUCCUCGGCUGGCAAAAGUAGUGACAAUAAUACUACUUUGUGUGCUGAGGGCAUACAGGAUAUUCUGAAGGCUGGGGUGUAUUUUGAUACUUUGCUUAUGUGGAGACAAAGAGAUUAUUGUAUCUGAAUGUGUAUUUUAGGACAGGUGUAUGUGUGAGAGAGAGUGAGUGUGUGUGUGUGGUAGGUACAUAAGUGAGCCACACAGCAAGACAUAUAUGCAUAUCUAUUUUCCCUAAUGAUUGCUAACACACAUUGUCUCUGUCACAAGGGUCUGGCAGGUUAGCAGCCCUCUAAAGUCUAACACUAACCCUAAGUGCAUGCUACAAGAGAAAGCAUUAAGACUUGUAUGUACUUUAACCACAGUAAGACAUGAGUGACUUGUAUAAUCCAGUACUCGUAGAUUAUGUAUAUAUAUUCACUGCCAAUACUUGUCUUACUGUUGCGUGACAUUAUUAUUUUCAUUAUUAUUAUUAUUAUUAUUAUUAUUAUUAUUAUUAUUAUUAUUAUUAUUAUUAUUAUUAUUAUUAUUAUUAUUAUAUAUGUGAAGGAGGCACAAGAAAAUGGAGGAUAGAAUAAACAGCCUGAUGAUUUAUGUACAACCUAAUAGUGAUUUUAUGUAUUAUUUAUUGAUUGCUUAGCCGGUGAUUUUUAUACUUUUUUUUUUUUUUUUUUUUCUUUUUUAGUUUUUUUACACUGAAAGAUUCCACUUGUCAAUAUGUAUUAAAUUAUUUAUGAUUGCUCCGAGUCAGGCAUUCUUAUAGCUAACUUAUUUUUUUUAUUAUUAUUUUUGACAUUGAAAGAUUUCAGUUGUCAAUAUGAAUUAAAUGAUAUAUGAUUGCCCCAAGUCAGGCAUUCCUAUAGCUUUUUUUGUAUUAUUUAUGUAUUUACUGUUACUAUUAUUAUUAUUAUUAUUAUUAUUAUUAUUAUUAUUAUUUAUUUGAUUUAUCAAUUUUAUUUUAUUUUAUUAUUUUUAUUUUUAUUUUUUUUACGUAGAAAGAUUACAAUUGUCAGUAUGAAUUAAAUAUACGCUCAGUGCCUUAAUUACUUGGGCUUCCAGGCUUAUAAAUGGUGCCCAUCAGUCCAGGCUUACUGUCAUGCUCAUUAAUAAAGCUGUGGCAUCUGUUUCCAACGCACAAUAUUACCCAUCAUCUCAUUAUACAUCUUUUACAUCACAUAUUUGUAUUUUUAAGCUUUCAAAUAAACAUUUUGCUUAAA